CCUGAUUCUCCGGCCAGCUGUUCUCCCUGGGGCCUGCACACAUUCCGAAUCCUGAUUCCUAAGUACCCAUCUGCUCAGAAAGGUCCCCACAUUUGCCUGAACUUGCAAGACGCGUCCAAGGAAGAAUAUGAAAAGAUUUGGCGGCCAGCGAUGGGCGAUGAAGGCGGGCAGGGCAUGAACCGGGGGGGCAGCUGGACGAGAGCAGCGGCGGCGCCCAGCAAGCAAGCAACCCGUUGCUAGCAGGUGGUUGUGAACGAGGUUUCACUGCGCUCAUUUGCUCUUGCUCCAGACCCAGUACUAGUCAGCAGGGCUGACUCCUGUACAUUUUGUGCACAGUCUUUCAUCCGCUGAAAGGUGGCGUCCAGAAGAGUCACAUUGGACAGCAUUGGAAUUAGUAAGUAACAGGUACAUUCGGCACGAUGUCGUCUAAUCACGCCCUGACCCGGGUCCCUGCGGCCCAUUUGAGUCACGCAGUCAGCUCAAGAUCACAAACCCCAGCUGCAACCUACCCCUCCGAGCCACUCCCUUUCCCUUCUCGAGUUCUCAAUGCGACAGCCCAAAGCCGAGCUUCCUCUAGAGUCCUGCACAGAUUCAACCAAACACUCCAAGUUCGCCAAUGGCACUUGCCGCGCAAAUCGCAGCUGUGCCUGGGAACAGAUCUAAGGCUUGGGUCCAAGCGACGUAGAAGUUUGUCUCAUGGAGUAUCUAAAGCCAGAAGCGGGGCAGCACGGUCAAGUCUAGAUUAUGACGCCCUGAAAGGCGUCCAGGUUUUAGAGGCCGCGAGCGGGCAGCCAGUGGAGCUCCUUUCUCUCUGGGCGGCCAAACCAGGCGUGCGAGUGGUGAUUCCGUUCAUGACCCAUUUCGCAGACCUGAGCUCCUGGGAGUUUGCCCAGAAGCUGGCGAAGAAGCUGCCGGAGCUCCAGGCGAACGGCGUCCGAAUCGUCGCGGUCGGCCUUGGCAGUCCGGACAACGCGCGCCGCUUCGCGGAGACCGUGGGCUUCCCGUUGCAGCUGCUGUAUGCUGAUCCAACCGGGGCGUGCUACCGGGCGCUCAACUUCUCCCCGGGCUUUGCCCCAGAGGCUGGCGUCAGCCCGUACCUCAAGUUGCUGCCCAUGCUAAUGGGGAUCGGUUCUCCGGGCACCAUCCAAGAGGUUGCCCGCGGCUACUUCGGCGACCGCGGCAGCAAGCCCGUUUUCGAAGGCUCGACCCCGUUCGACAUCUUGGGGAAGGGCUAUCAGCGGCCGAUGGAACUGGCCACGCUGCGCCUCUUCAACAUGUUUGGCAUCCUGCAGAAAUGGGGUGAAAUGAGCCCGCCAGAGACCCGCCUCUUGACUCAGCAAGGCGGCUCAAUUGUCUUUGACGGUGAGGACGUCGUCUUCAAACACGUCGACAGCGGCAUCUUGAAGUACACGGAUGUCGACGCUCUCGUAGCGGCCGCUCUGCAAGAGACACUUACAGUUACUUCGGGAUAAAGAAGACCGUGUUAUCAAGGCUCGGACAAUUCUGGCUAUGGUGAUCCGCGGGGCCAAUCAGAGCUCAAAGCUGUUAAAACUAAUAGAGGAAAUAAUUUGGGAUCAUAGCAUACAAGGGCCGCAUCAAGGUGGGAAAAAGUAGCGUAAAAUCUGCUUUCCAUUGAUUGUGGCUAUCAUGUCAUGGGUUAGGGGGGAACGCGUGCCCAAAGCAACGAUCUCAGAUUCGAACCUGGCAACAAAUAUCAGAGUUGGAACCUGUAGUCUGAAUUCAGGCUUCUAAUCAAGCUACAUGCAGCAGUCAGCAUACUAACAGGCUGGAUGCUCAGACAUGGUCACGGCCGCCAUGGAUUGGAGAUUGGGCCUUAUAUAUAUGAUGGUGU